AUGGUACCAAACAAAGACAGAAUCCACAAGCAAAAAAGUCUUUCCCAUGAAGACUACACCAUAGCAUGGAUCUGCGCCCUACCUGAAGAACGAACCGCCGCACAAGCGAUGCUAGAUGAAGAACAUGACCAACUCCCCAAACCACGCAACGACCACAAUGCAUACAACCUUGGCUCGAUCGCCGGUUAUAACAUCGUCAUUGCAUAUCUGCCAACCACAGGGACGAAUGCCGCAGCGACCGUUGCAGCUAACAUGACUCACACCUUCCAAUCAAUCAAGUUCGGACUCAUGGUCGGGACCGGCAGUGGUCUUCCUUUUAAAGUCAGCCUGGGCGAUGUCGUCGUCAGUCAUCCUGUUUUACAGUACCCUGGGGUGGUGCAAUGGGAUAUGGGGAAAUUGGAACGUGGUGGGCGAACUGUACAGACUGGGCCGUUGAACCGGCCUCCGAAUAUACUCCUCAAUGCGUCGAAUCGGUUGAAAAGCGACUACGAAAUCUUUGGUUCGAGCAUAAAUAAGUAUCUGGGUGACUUGGAAAAGAGUUUCCCGCAUCUGGUGCCACAAUAUACCAGCCCAGAGGAGCCGCAGGAACGAAAGGAAGUGAGGGUCUAUCAUGGCCUAAUCGCUUCUGGAAAUAGGGUAGUCAAAGAUGCACAAGCGCGGGAUGCCCUCGAUAAAUGUUUUGCCGGGCAUGUACUCUGCAUUGAAGCUGGAGGAGCGGCAGGGGUGAUGAAUGACCUCCCAUGCAUCGUUAUCCGAGGCAUUUGCGACUAUGCCGACCGGGAAAGUACUGGGGAUUGGCAGCCCUACGCUGCGACAGUUGCUGCGGUAUAUGCGAAAGAGCUUCUAGGGAACUUGCAGGCAGAUGUUACCCAUGCGAGAGGGCCAGUUAGUGAGGCUUUGGAGAAGGUGCAGGCCGGGCGGACAUGA